AUGGACAACAACAGUUACCAUUCUGUUAUAGUCAAUAAAGCUCCUACGACACAGAAUCGCAAACAUAAGAUAAGAGAAUGGCUUACUUUGAAAAAUGUUCAAUUUGAGGAGUACCAUACGAAAGCAGAACCGCUAUGUCUAGUAAAACGGUAUAAACCAGAGCCAAUAUAUGAAGCCGAUGAAAUUUUAAAGCAUGUUGGAGAUAUCAUGAUACUUCAUGGUCAUGAGGUAUUGAGACUACCUCCAUACCAUUGUGAUCUAAAUGCCAUUGAGCUGGUAUAG